GCUUUUUGCAACUUACUGCGUCUCCGACAACUAGACUUCACGGAUAAUAAUUUGUGGGGCGAGUUGCCACAAUGUCUAUCAAAUUUGACCUCUCUCCGAUCCUUGAGUAUGGUCAAUAAUGAAAUUUCGGGGGAUAUCUCUGAGUCUCCUAUUCCGCAUCUCAGUGACGGUGGUGGUGGUGGUGGAUAUGUUGGCCCUUUUCCUGAAUUUCUCUACCAUCAGACCAACUUGCUCUAUUUACGCAUGUCGAAAGUCGAAAUGAAGGGAGAUAUUGGGUUCCUAUCGUGGUUUCCAGCUAACAACACAAACUUGAAAGUUUUUUAUCUUCUCAAUUGUUCACUCUCAGGGCAUUUCCAAAUUCCAAUCCAUCCUCACAAAAACCUAAUGGAUUUAGAUAUCUCCAACAAUGGCUUCAUUUCGGGUCCCAUUCCACCUAACAUCUGCACAAUUUUCCCCAACAUAGAAUCUUUAUCCUUAUCUGGUAAUAAAUUCUUCGGGAAAAUACCACCACAAUUGUCAAAUUGUUCCUUUUUUCACAUAUUGGAAGCUAGAAACAAUCAACUCACUGGUGAGAUUCCUAAAGAGAUUUGGGAUCUACCGAUGCUCUCCAUCCUUGACCUUUCAAAGAAUAAGCUUUCAGGAAAUCUGCCACCAGGUUUCGUUUCACCAUGGAUGCAAGAAGUUUACUUGUCCAGAAAUCAACUAGGAGGAACCUUAACCACCACUAACUAUACAGGAUACUGGUUAGGUGUCUUGGAUCUCAGUCACAAUCGUUUCACAGGCACAAUCGCAGAAUGGAUUUCUAGGCUACCUCGACUGAGUUAUAUUUUGUUGAAUGACAACCAGUUUCAUGGAGAGGUUCCAGUAUCAUUUUGCUUGGAGAAUUCAAAGUUGAUUGACCUUUCUCACAAUCAUCUAUCUGAGAGUUUGGAUCUUUCUCAUAAUAAUUUGAGUGGGGUGAUUCCUCUUCAACUCACUGAGUUGCAUUCUCUAUCCUCUUUUAGUGUGGCUUAUAACAAUUUGUCUGGUAAUUGUCCUCAGAAGAUUGCACAAUUUAGUACAUUUGACGAAAAUAGCUACCAAGGAAACCUAUUUCUCAAUUGCACAUUACCACUGCUAACACCAUUAAGGCCGACAACUUCUGAUGAUGGCUAUGAUGAUGGAGAAGAUGGAUUUAUUGAUAUGGAGAGUUUCUAUGCGAGUAGUGGAGUGUCUUUUAUCAUGGUGUUGCUAAUAAUUGCUAGUGUUCUAUAUGUAAAUCCAUAUUGGAAACAAGCAUGGUUUUAUUAUGUUGGGGUCACCAUAACUACUUGUUAUUAUUUUGUGGUGGACCAUCUUCAUGUGCCAACUAGGUACAAGGUCUGGGAACUUCAUAAAUAG